AUGUCAGUAGCAGAAUCUGAAGGAGUUCCAGCUGCCAAGCCGGCAUCUGAUGAGGAAGCCAAACGUCAGGCUUUGGCAGCCAAAAAAGCUGAAGUCCGUAAACGUCUUGAGGAGGCUGGAAAGAAGGGCAAAAAGAAGAAGGGUUUUUUGACACCUGAGCGCAAGAAGAAACUUCGUAAAUUGUUGAUGAUCAAAGCUGCCGAAAACCUUAAAAAUCAACAAAAACAAUUAGAUUCUGAACGUCAAAGUGUUUUAAGUAAACGAAUUAGUGCUUGCCCAGAUGUUGAUAAAAUUGAUGAUGUUGGGCAGUUAUCUAAAAUAUAUAACGAUUUAUUCCAAAAAAUGUUACAAUUGGAAGAAGAAAAGUAUGAUAUUAAUUUUGCUGUUAGUCAAAAGGAUUCUGAGAUUAAUGAAAUGACCAUCAAUGUUAACGAUUUACGAGGCAAAUUUGUAAAACCAACUUUAAAGAAAGUUUCCAAAUACGACAAUAAAUUCCGUAAAGUUUUGGCUGGGGAAGGAGAAGCUACAUCAACUAAACCAAAAGAGGACUUUAGAGCUAAACUUAAAGCUGUAGAGAAGAAGAAUGUUAUGGAAGUGCUUGAAAAUAAGCAAAAAAGCAAAGCCGAAAAGCCAGAAUGGAGCAAGAAGGGAGAUGAUAAGGGUGCCGGACGACGAGCAAGUGCCGCCAGUUCUGGUGGGGGCGCCCCUCCAUCACCUAAGAAAUUAACUGCUGGACAAGCAGCUCCACCUCCAGAAGAGGAAGAGGAGGAGAUAAUUGAGGAUGAAGGUGAAAAUUUAAAAAAUUAUUAAAAUAUUUCUGGGAGAGGCCGAUUAAAAUUGACCGACCCCACGUCACUACUUUUUUAGACGUACGAGGGGAAGUGAGACGAGUAUGGGAAGGUCAGAUCAGGAUAGAACCAGUGCUAGGUAUUGGACGUAUGUGGAUCCAGUCCCAACUUUUUCAAGUCACUAGUUCCCGGAGCUAUAC